AUGCGUAAACUUUUGAAACAACAUGAAGAGAAGAAACAAAAAAGUACAGUUGAAAAAGGUCCAGAUGGUGCUCUUCCAUCAUAUUUACUUGAUCGUCAUAAUCAAACACAAGGAACAGUUUUGUCGAAUGCUAUUAAACAAAAAAGAAAAGAAAAAGCUGGUAGGUAUGAAGUUCCACUUCCAAAGGUUCGUGCUGUAUCAGAUGCUGAAGCUUUUAAAGUACUUGCAUCAGGAAAAAGCAAAAGAAAAUCUUGGAAAAGAAUGGUUACUAAAGUAACAUUUGUAGGAGAAAACUUUACAAGAAAACCAGCUAAAUUUGAAAGAUUUAUUCGUCCUAUGGGUCUUCGUUUUAAGAAAGCUCAUGUUACACAUCCAGAAUUACAAACAACAUUUUGUCUUCCUAUUGUUGGAGUUAAAAAAAAUCCUUCUUCACAUAUGUAUACACAACUUGGAGUCAUAACUAAAGGAACAGUUAUUGAGGUAAAUGUUUCAGAAUUAGGUAUGGUUACGCAGGGUGGAAAAGUUGUUUGGGGAAAAUAUGCCCAAGUUACUAAUAAUCCAGAAAAUGAUGGUUGUAUUAAUGCAGUUCUUCUUCUUUAA